UUCCUGGAGAGAGGGGCCUGGACACGGGUGUCCCCGUGUCCCGAGCCUGGAGGACACGGGAAGGACCGGAGGGGCCCGGCCAGGGAGGCCAAGGACGCCCAGGACUCCCAGGACUCCCUGGGCGCCCUGCUAGGCCAGUUCCUCCCCAGCAGGUUCCAGAAGUUCCUGCGCCAGCUCGGGGCCCAAUGGGUGGAGCAGCUGGAGCGACAGACAGCCUCGGAACCGGAACCGAGCCACCAGAGGGGUGUGUCAGACCACUGGUGGGGACAACCUUCUCCGUGUCCCAGCCGCUCCUUCCUUCCCGACCUGCGGUGCCAGUCAUCGAACCUCCAGAAUAAUCUCAAGAAGGUUUCGAGCCAGUCAUCGAACCUCCAGAAUAACCUCAGGAAGGUUUCGAGCCAUCAGAUACCUACCCUGGGGCCGCUAAGGAGAGAUUGCACACAAUUCACCGAGGCCAAAAAGGCCAACAAUCCCUGCGGUCUACAGGCCCCCAAGCUCAAGGCCGCGCUCAACCGCAGCUCCUCGGAGGAAGCCUCGGGGCACAACAGGCGGUGUAGCCCCUUCCGAGUGCGAUUUGCUGACGAGACCCUACAGGACACAGCGUUUCGCUACUGGGAGCGGAGAUGUGCACUCCAGCAGGGCAUCAACAGGAACCGGCCAGCCCGGCCAGCCCCCUCGUCGGACAGCUUGGAGCCCGUGUUUGGGAGCAUCAGGAGGUGGUUGGAGAAUUUGCCCAACACCCUGGACUCCAAGCCCCAGAAGGGGGCCACGACCAGCGCCAGGGCCAGCUGGGACUGCCCCGGCCUGCCCAACCUGGGGCGGCAGAGCCACCUCUCUGAGGACACCCUCUCGAGCAGCACCCAGAGGUGGCGACGAGACCACAGAGCCUUCCUGGGCACCCAGGACAUUCUCGACCAGGUGGACAGGUCGCCCUGCUCCUGGGGCCAGAAACUGGAGUCCUUCCUGCCCCGCCUGGAGCUGAAGCGAGGCGGUCCUAGGGGGUACCAGCUGCUCCUGCCGUCCGCUCUGCAGUAGCAGGCUCCGUGACGCGUGGCCCCGGGACCCCACCCAGCCGUGGACACGGCCUGGGGUGAGGACAGGCCUUCCUUGCCCUAAAAUAAAUGUGCAUCCCAGGGGGCUGGGACCUGCUGCCAUGUCUCAGUCUCACCCAACAA